GGGAGACCCCGACGUCAUCGAAGGCUUCUGAUUGGUCUUAAAGAACCCCGAAAAGAGUUUACAUGAUGCAUUCACUGUUGAAAAUGGCGAACUGUACUGUGGAAAAAUUAGUUUACAAUACAUAUGCGGCGGAGGAGAGAUCUUUAUUGGAUCGUUAUAUUCAUGGUUACCAACUAAUUUGGAGAAAAUAAAUAAAAUAAUAAUAGGAGUCACGUAUCUCAUACAGCAGCCUCUCAGCCUGGAAAUUUACACAGCACCGGCCUCUUGCUGAGAACCAUUACUCUCCGAAGUCCCCUGCGUGCCUGCGAUGGAACUGACAAAAUCCUGAUACUUGAAUACAUCUCCUCGCUUCGCAGCCAGUUGGGCAUUCAUAUUACGGUUGAAUGCUCGACGUCCUGUGAAUCCUUGCACAACCAUGUCCACUUCGGCAGCUGUGAGUGGUCGUUCUCCAGCCUCUGGGGGAGUAUUAAGUAACGCUUCCCUCAACUCGGCCCAAUCAAUCUGGCCACUAUCAUCAUCAUCGAAUGCAGAGAAUGCAGACAAGAGCUCGUUGCUUGGAGACAACGCAGCCAGUGCUUCCGCUAGAGAGUUGAGAAAAGCUGCCAGAGCAAUUGUUUGAGGUUUGGAGGGCGGGAAGAACUGGGCAACAUCGGAUGGUCCUGCGGGCAAUCCUAAAUAUAGAGUUAACACUAUUGCGAUGGGAAAUAUGGUUUAAGCGGCCAUCACCCACCUAGCUGUUGCAGCAUAUCGCCAACAUCGUCUCUGUUCACGACUCCAUCGCAGUCACGGUCGAGGAUCUGAAAACUAUCACGUAGAGUCCGAACCUGUCCGGCCUGGAGCUGUGACAGGGCAUUGCCGUUGAGCAUGCCCUGUGUUGAUCGGGUUCUCGAAUGCAUUUGUCUUUGUGGCGAAACGAAUACGUCGUCAGAUGAUUGAGGGCCUUUUGGGGUCCAGCUCGAUUGCGCGCUACCGGCUGUUCCCGGUCUGUGUGUUCUCAAGUUGUUUGUUCCAGGCGUAUUCUUCGAUGGCGAUGCAGUUGGAGUGCUAAUUCGAAGAGGCGAGGGCGACACGGGCGACUCUGGACGUCGGAAUGGCGAGUUUCUGGUUGGUGAUGACCCAUAAAGGUGCGGAGGUUUGUAGGAAGCAGAGAUGGACUAGUCAAGAGUGAAGAUGCGUCAGUAACUGCAACGCAUUAAUGCAAAAGGAUUCGUCUGCACGCUCAUACCAUUGUGACGGCCGGCGCUACGCGCAAGGGAGAGACAAUGCGUCUGGUUGGCCAAGAGACAGUGCGUGGUGGGGACGUGAACAAUGGCGUCUGGGUAAAAAGAAAACGAAGCAAGAGGGUGCAGUAGGUGAAAGACUGCUACAGUAAGUCGACGAAUAUGCUACCCUUUGAAAAGAAUUUCCUCAAGCGAUAUUUGCAGUAAAUAGAGUUGACAAAAGUCGCACGUCGUCGACGUGGUAGCCAAGCAGGGUCCUAGUGUGUCCAAAGUAAACAAAGCCCUGCUGCCACCCUGACAACCACGCCACACUUGGGACUCCCCAAACCCAAAUGGAGGGGCAGCCCCAGGUGUGGCUUGUGAGUAGCGCCACAGCGCACGAGUCGCUCAUGGGUAGCGCUCAAAAUGGCUAGAUGCAGGGGCUACAGGGGUAUCCCCCAAAUUCCCUAGCGCCCAAAAUUAGUGCUGGUGCCAUUGCUCUGGGCAUCUUUUACUGGCCACCGCUAGCGCCGCUUCCUAUCCAGGAGGGGGUAGGCGGCGGGGGCGUUGGAACCAUGGAGCAUAGGUUUCCCCUUUCUGCCAGUCUGCCAAAACCACCCCCCACCGCCUAGAGUGCUGGCAACUCAAACUACGUUAACCACUGCCCCCCUCUGGCGUACCGCUUCUUCCAAAGACGAGCAUUUAUCCUAGUCUUGUUCUCGUAGCCGAGGAGCCUCUGUUCGAUUCUUUGCAGAGUCGGCGAAUAAAGACCCGACUGUCAAUUGCGGGGAAUCUAACCAGCUCCCUGCGACUCCUCCUCACCGUCUCAAAAUCGUCUGAAACAUCCGCCUUGCAGCCAAUCCCGUCCAACUUCUCGAAGCUCUUUCUACAAUUUCGAUAUCGAUAUGACUCUGCGCAACUGAGAGAAUUGCAGCUCGAUUCUGCCUACCCGAAUUCGCCUCCCAAAAUCCGCCUUAACAUAGCCAAUUGGGCUCUCGUUCUAUUACUUAUCACAAACGCCACGACUCCGUUGCAAUGGCGGCCGCAUUGCCCACCACGUCACGGUCUCAGGUGCUCCCUAGUCACUCAAAUGGGCCCUCUGCUCCAGCACCCCGCAAGCCUUCACUUUCUUCCUUCCCAAUAUCACCAUCUGCGUCGCAAAUGUCCCUGGCGUCCCGGCCGUCGAGAUCGCCGCAGCUCGCCAUCAUGACGGACUCGGAUCGCAUUUCCGAUCCCAGCUCCCACUCCAAAGCGCCAUCUAUAGAGCAGCCAUCCUCACAACAUUCUUCCAUCUCGGGCCCCAGGCGCGUCCAUGCCGAUGCUCGUAACUAUCGCAAACUUCGAUCGCAAUAUCCCCGAGGCUCGACUGAGAACCAUGUCGAAUAUAUCCUUGUUGCCUCUUUUGAUAUCGACAGGGGUCCGGUUAUGGAACACCAGUAUCCUGUUGCGAUUACUGGCGACGAGAACAUGCUGGCGGAACUGAUGCUGCCUGACCAAGCCCACGCACGCAACCAGGAUUGGACCAUGUUCUUCUUGCACAAGGAUCUAAGCGAGGAAGAAGAAGAUCAAGAGCAAGCCGAAAGAGAUAUUAGGCGCAAACGACGUCUCCGACGUCAAGAAAAAGCAGCCGGUAUUGUUUCCGAGGGGGUGAACGGCGAUCUCAGCGACGACUACGAUCAAAACUACGACGAUGAUUCGGACAGUGAACCGGAAGGAGGCGAAGGCCCCCCAUUAAUCUAUGUGCUGAAUCUCGUCAACACAAAACAUGAUAAGACUGUAAAAAGAGGUGCCAUUGUCAAAGCGAUGGCUAUCUGCACUCGUCACCCGUUCCUACAUAUCUACAAGCCUCUACUUCUCCUCGCUCUUGAAGAAUACUUCAAAUCCCCAGUCCCCGAGACACUAUCAAUGCUCUACGAUGCCGUCAAUGACAUGGAUCUCUCACUAAUGCCGCGACUGAGCAUUCUAGAACGUCACUUGUUGCUGGCCAGUGACAACAAAGACUUGUUUGUGGAAAAGUUUGAGCGCAUGAUUCAGAUGCGUAUGGCAGAGGAGCGUGGAGAAGCUAUCACAGACACGAUUGAUCGCGAUCAUCGAUCAGCAGAGACUUCAACCAUAUCCCGUCGCGGUACAAAGGCUCAUAUUGAAGGCGGCAACUCAACAUCGACAUAUUCAGUUCCGCGAGACACACACGAGUUCGAGUCCAAAGUUAUGUAUAAGGGCAUCCCAAUCCCCAUCAAAAUCCCAACAGCUGUUAUGCCCGAGACUGUAGGCGACUUUUCGCUCGUCAAGCUUAUUCAGAAGUUUUCGGAACCGCACGCGAAGUCACCACAGCCAUUCACCCUACAUCCUCAUCUGACGACAAAUGGUGUCAACACGCAUCCGAUUAUUGUCCUCGUGAAUGGACUACUCACACAAAAGCGUGUCAUCUUUCUCGGUCAUAACCUCCCGUCGGGUGAAGUUGCGGAGGCGGUGCUGGCGGCUUGCGCGUUGGCUUCAGGCGGCAUCCUAAGAGGCUUUACUCGCCAUGCUUUCCCUUACACUGAUCUUACCAAGAUUGACGAUCUGCUGAAUGUGCCGGGCUUCAUCGCUGGUGUAACUAAUCCCACAUUUGAACUCCAUCCUGAGUGGUGGGAUAUUCUUUGUGAUUUGCCUACUGGCCGCAUAAAGAUUAGCAGCAAGAUUGAGCCAGCGCCUGUGACCGAGGGACUCUCUUAUUUCCAGCAACAAAACCCGUCUCUUGCAACAAUUGCCACGGGAACUGCAAACCAGAACCAGGACCUAACCGGUGAUACUGCCUUCAUGUCAGAUGUUCUCCGCAGCAUUGCUACAAGACACGGAGAGGCAGUCAUGCGUGCAAAGUGGCGCGACUGGGUUCUGAAAUUUACGAGAAUAUCAGCACAGUUUGAAGAAAGCGUAUAUGGAGCAAGCGCAUUAUACAUCGGUGCCGAAGACCGUGAGCUCACUUUGCCUGGAGCAGCGGGCCACGGCUAUGUAUGGGCAGAUGACACGGCCAAACACAAGGAACUUGCUGGAAACGUUACUAGAAUCGAAGGCUGGCGCAAUACGCGCAGCUACUACAGCUUUAUCCAAGAUCUGGCCCAAAUAUACACCGUCCGGCCAUUAAAGGGCUUGGAUCUGGGCCAUAUGCAUGAUCGACUCAGAAUGCAGCGCUUAAGCCCAGCGCAGAGUCGUGAUAUUUACUUGACAUUGGCCAAGUACAUAAACUCGUAUGAUGAGAUAUGUCUGCUGCUGAGCGUCGCCCCGGAAGCACAUGCAGGCCUGUUCUACCUGGCCUUGGGCUUGUUCCACAAAGACAAAGAAGUCCGAUUCAAGACGGCCGACUUGCUGGAACGCAUAGCGGAGCAUGAAGCCGGCCAACACUGGUGGAAGAGCUUGAGCAGAUUCGAAAAGUUGGCGUUUGCGCGCAUCCGCAAAGAAGCAGAGGUAGAAAUGCGCGCAAAACUUGAGAAAGAUGGACUGCUCAGCCCUGUAUUGGAACGACCCAUGGCGUUCCGAUGAAAUAGGGUGGAGGUGUGAAAUAGUUUGGAAUUUGUUUACUUGUGUCGUUCUCUACAGUAUAUACGCGAUAUAUCGGCGCAUGGAAGGAGUAUGGCAUCUGAUGCAUUCGGCGGACAUUUUGUUUUUUGAUAUUGGGAGGCGUUUAGUCCUUGGGAGACGCCGUAUAUAACGAAAUACAUACUACAAAGUUUCCAUGAUGUACAAAAUAUCUCCAAUUAUGAUUCCUCUAGCCAUGAAUUUGUCCUUCUCUGCCAUACUAUUUUCAUAUACGGCUACUAUGUACGUCUAUCUUACAGGCCAAGAGCCUUAGCAGCGUGGUUGACGUGAUCUUCGCCAAAAGUUGAGAUGAAGUAGUACGAGUGGUCGUAUCCCUAAUAUCUUCUAGUUAAUUCAGGUACUCACAAUCACGCUAAAU